CCGAAGACACCAGGACAACGAUUGGUUUGAGGCCUUUUUCCAAGCGAAAACAGUAAUUCGACACUUGAGGUUUUGUUGGUUUAGUGUGUUGUUGAUAUCGGCAUGUGAACAAGAGUUGAUUUGUGAUUCAACUUGGCGAUGGUGAAUAUGUAAGGAAGGUGGUUGGAUUGGUCGGCGAACGUACGUGUACGACGGGGUCUUGUUGACGAAUUGAUUGAACAUGUCGUACACGCAGUUUGGAUACUCUACAUAUGCCGCGUCGUCGCCUUUGGUGAUCAGCGGCUCCUCCAGUCAAAAUUCGUGCUAUGAAAGGACCGGAGUGAGUCCCGAUGCCCAGUACGAUGCCAGGCUGUAUCCUCGACUGUCCUCAUACGCUACCUCAUAUCAGCCCGAACCAAACCUCGACCCGACGACGACACCCUUUUAUGCACCGACACUGAACUCUACCUAUGGAAUGAAAGAGAGUUCAGACCCAUGGAGAAGCAUCUCUCAGUCAGCUUCAUAUUACUACGAUCCUACCCUUGCGGCUUAUGGGUACGGUGGGCUGGAUUUUAAUGGCGCCCGACGAAAAAAUGUAACCAGGGAUUCGACGAGCACUCUCAAAGCAUGGCUGAACGAACACAGGAAGAAUCCCUAUCCUACCAAAGGCGAGAAGAUAAUGUUGGCCAUCAUAACGAAGAUGACACUUACACAGGUCUCCACGUGGUUCGCGAACGCCCGUCGCCGCCUGAAGAAGGAGAAUAAGAUGACUUGGGAGCCACGCAAUAAAACGGAAUCACACGAAGAGGAAGCAGCCGCCAAGAGGGAGGACUCCAAGGACGAAGAGGAGGCUGCCUCCUUCCGAGAGGAGGAGAAACCGCUACGCAUGCACACCGGACUCGACAACGCCGCAGAAAUGGACUUAGGACCUCAUCAUCGCGCAGAGACCAACUUCCGCCCAUCCGUUAAUGAAACACAUCAGGGUGCACAACAGCCACUACACCAGCAUCACUACGAAGACUCACACCCAUCAGCUGACCUCCUGUCCGCGGCCUCCUCCUCUUUGGAGGCCACCUCCUACACUCCGUCCGUCUCCUCUUCUCAGAGCUCAUCCCCUGACCUGGGCACCUAUAUGUCCCAUCACCGCACCGCAAAGGACACUCCCCAUUGUUUUCCAGGAGAUUCUUCUCACCUCUACAAGCCCAAAAUAUGGUCUCUAGCCGACACAGCUACGAAUAAGGGGGUUGACCCAACUCUCAUGCCUGGUUAUGCAGGCGACCUUUGGUUGACUGCUGGAAGUGGAGGGAUGCUACCCAAUAAAGGACCAGGACCUUCCUUCCAGAGCUGCGCUGUGCCCUUCCAAAGAUUGAGCAAUUACAACUGCAGUUUGCAUGGCUUCAAUCCCAUCUCUCUGCAAACCGAUACUCCACCCCAGACGCCACCUAAUAUGAAAGUAGGUGCCAAUCAUCAGACUGCAACCGUGCCUUCUUCAGCCUACAUCGAAUCUCAUGGUAACACCUACAUGGGACAAUCCGGCCUAUGUCAACAGGAUGCCAUGGGAGAUGGACAGUUGCAAGAUGAUAAAAUGGAUAGCUUCUCAAGCAGUCACGGCUCUGGUUUGCAACAGAGUUCUUCGUCCAGUCAGAACACUGCAGCUGACUGCUUACCAGAAGACUAUGACGACCCAUCUCAGUACUCGACUUCAUCAGUGCGAUAGGACGGUUUUUCCAGUGAAUCAGGAAACGAUGAGCACCGGUGAAUUUGCUUUCUUAAAUUUCUUCGUUCUUGCGGCCCGCACUGAAAGAUGGCGUUCAUCAAGAACAGAGAAAUAGCCAUCAAUCGUUAUAUAUAUAUAUAUAUAUAUAUAUAUACACAUAUGCAUAUAUAAACAUAUACAUACGUAAAAUAUAAAUUUGGCAUACACAGGAUAUACCUCUUCAAUGGAAAUGGAUACCAAAAAACUGUUUGGAGAAAAUUGGCAUCUUUUGCUGCACGCACUAGCUUGAAAGCCGCGAUACACUUUUCUAAUAACAUGCAAACAUAUUUAAGACCGCACAUCGAGCAAAUUAUUUUAUAUUUGAAAUUCAGCUUUCAACCAAAUAAAGACAUCAGUACUCGAAUACUUUAGGCACUGGAAAUAAAGUUUUGCUUUUUAAUAAUGGAAAAGGAAACAUCACUUUGAAAAACUAGGCUAUUCUUGCAGAUCUAAAGGACAGAAAACUGGACAACGACAAUAUAAUUGGUAAAGGACAAUUUAUUAAUUACCUACAAAAGUGAGGUGGUUUGGUAAGAUUUCCAACAGUUUGAUGCCUUGUCUGAGUAUAUUUACUUAUUGAAUGGAAUACAUAAAAGAAUUUGAUGCAGUUUCUUUUCAGUUUCCUAGGAAUAUUCAGAACAGACUCUAUGCCUUUUCGAAUCGAUCAGAGCUGCGUAAUUAUCUUUUAUACCGAUAGAGACAUCGAUGUGCAACACCUUGAUACUGUACACACAAUAUGGAACAGAAGACCACACUGCAUUUGGUAGAAAUAAUUGAAUGCUGGCACUUGGAAUUAUAUCAGCAUACUGCUUUGGAUUUUAAGUACUUUUUUGUGUAUUCGCGCCUUCAAAUUGACACUAUUGUUUGCUGAAGAUAAUUGUUCAUGUUAUAUUUCAUAUAAGUUUAACUUUCAAAGCGUUAAAAAAUAUUAUCAUCGUUAUUUCUUGCAAAAUUAGAGUGU